AUGCCGCCCCAGGCUCUGCUGCCCGUUCUGCUGCUUUGUAUGCUGCUGCUGCAGGCCCAGGGAGGGCCCCGUGAGCGGACAAGAACGGUGGAGGAAGAGCUCGAAGAAGAAAUCAAACUGUGUAAGAGGCCGCCUCCAAUGUAUCUAUGUCAUCGCCCCUGUGAAUCACACAGAAACUGUCAAGCAAAUAACAAAUGCUGUGCGAGCUUCUGCGGGAACGUUUGCUUGAGCCCCAGGAACUGUGGGACCCUGGACAAGGGCAGGUAG